CUUCAUUUUACUUCACACUUUAGUAAAUCAGACCUACAAUAUCCUCCACCACUGAGAGUUAAAUUAAUAUUUCUAAACACAAAACGUCUCUUUUCUCUGCUCUGCACACACACACUUCCUGUGGUUUAUAGCGGAUGCACGGUAUAGAUCAGUCUGUGAGAUGUCCACUGACCAUUGACUUUACCAUUUGACACGAAGAAAGAAAAUGUCUCCUUUCUACCUCUGGGUCGUUGUGUUGUUGAGCCUCCAGAUCUAUGUGAAGAGUGAAGAACAAUGCGGUGAAAGAAGUAUAACUGGCGCUGUAGGAGGGGCUGUCACCCUACCUGUCGGUCGCACUGAGGUCAAAAGCUUUGUUUGGAGUUUUGUUGGAAAAGACGGUUCUAUCGCUACAACAUCAGGAGGAUCAACUUCAAUUCUACAAGAGCAGUAUGAAGGAAGACUGAGCAGCACAUCUGAUGGAUCCUUGAUAAUUAAUGAGCUAAAACAGGAAGACCAAGGGACCUACCUGGCACAAAUUUCCCGGCAAAAGUGCUUCUAUCAUCUCACCGUGUUCAGCAACUUAACGGCUGAGGAUGUCACCAUCAGUUCCAAUGUGACCGUUAAUGAGACGUGUGUGGUCAUCUUGACGUGUUCUGCAAAUGGAAGCGAUGUAACCGUCACCUGGAAGAAUUUAAACAGCAGUGACAUUAACCAGACAGAGAACGUUGUGUUUGUAUCUUCCAGAAAUGUCAACUUCACCUAUAUAUGUACAGCAAAGAAUCCGGUCAGUGAAGUCUCGAAAACUGUGCACCCCUGGAGAUACUGCCAGAAAGAGAAGACGGAUGUCCGUCAAUCCGAACAAAGAACCGUUUUUGGAUUUGCUGCUGUCUCUUUCGUUGUCUUCAUAAUUAUAGUCGUAUUUUUUGUCUGGAGACAUCAUAGAAAAAGAAAAAAGUGUGAGAAUUUGAAUGAGGAGAGGGCAGCUUUGAAACAAAUUGCCAAUACUUAUGAAAUGAGGGAUGAAGACUGCACAGGGAACAAUGAGGCUCUGGGUGAUGAGCAUGCUGGAUCGCAAACUCCAAAUGUUAAGCAGCCUAUACCAAGCAGAGUGAAGGGAACUGCAGGAAUGAGCAAGAAUCCUCAAACAAUGGAACUACAAGAAUCCCAAUCCAACGAAACCACCGACAAAUCCUUAUACAGCACAGUUCUACAUGUGAAGGAACCCCAAGAAUCCCAAUCCAAUUUUACCACCAGCAACACCUUAUACAGCACAGUUUCACAACCGAAGCAAAAGAACAACCAAACCAAACAACCUGGUCCAAGCAAAGGGAAUCUUUCAAACGCUCCAAUGAAACCCACCCGCCAAAUGUUAGAAUCACCCAUGGACAAAAAUGAACAGAAGUCUUCAUCAGAAAGACCCAAUGGGAAUUGUUCAAAUUCUCCAUUGGAAUCAUGUUAUGCAGAGGUGCAACUACCGAAGGACAAAAGUUACCAACAGGCUCCAUUGGAAUCGUGUUAUGCGGAGGUGCAACUCCCGAAGCCCACGGAAUUGUGAUCCUCAGUACGGCCAGGUUCAAGAGACGGCGAGCAAAUCAAGUAAUUAACGAGCCAAAGAGCCAAAGUACGGAAUCGGAUUUCCUCUGAAGGGAAGAUCCUUAAACCUCAAAAAAAUAAAAAAAUACACAAAAAAAUUAUACACAUUUUUUAUUCUAAAAAAACGGGAAGGAUAUGAAGUUCUGAUUCUAUGAACAGAAUUAGAAGACGCUUCACUGAAAACUGUUUAUUUGUGUUCAGAAAUUUAAGAAAAUUGUCUUCAACGCAGUUCGCCAACAUUUCAUUGGCCGGAUGGAUAUUUUCAUGACAUACCUUGUGUCAUCGCUGGGUCUCUGUGCUUCUUUAUGCCAUGCGGGCAGAUUGUGGCUGCUGAACUCCAUGAUAUACAUCAACAUCUUCAACAGAUCCAAGUUCAGCAAAUCCCACAAAGUGAAGCUGAAAUGUAACCACUUUACGCGUUUAAAUCAGUGUUAUUUUCUAGAAAAUGAUUUAUAACCCCCAAGCAUUCACUGGGCCAGAUUCAGAGAGAUCGGCGUAUCUUUAGAUAGGCGUAGCGCAUCUCAUAUGC